AGGGUGCAGGAAUCCCUUAUGCAGGGUGCAAGAAAGGAUGGCAAAAUACAGUGCCACAAUUUCCACUCCUCUACCGUAACGACGUGGCUGAUUUCUCUUCAUAAAAACCUUGAGCACCAGACGCAAAAGUUGGAAUUUCGUGAUUCAGUAGCUGGACGAUGAAGUUGAAUCUUCUUAGCCAGCGGAUUUUCAUGGGCAGGCCAUAUCUCGGACCAGUUCUGAAAAGAAGAAGGUACGCAUUCUCCACUUCAGCUUCUGCGCCGACAUGGGAAGGAGGCGUUUCAAUGGUUCAAGGAGCUUCCAGGGGCAUUGGCUUGGAAUUUGUCAGACAAUUGUUAGAGAGAAAUGACAAAGGCUAUAUUGUUGCUACAUGUCGUAAUCCUAGUGGAGCACCAGGGCUUCUGGAGUUGAAGAAUAAGUUUCCGGAGCGCCUUGACAUUCAUCAGUUAGAUCUUACAGUUGAAAGCACUAUGGAGGACUCAGCCAAAUCGAUCAGAGACAAAUAUGGCUCGCUAAACCUUCUAAUUAAUGCAUCUGGUGUUCUUUCAAUACCCAAUGUUAUGCAGCCAGAAACGACACUGAGUAAGGUGCAGAGAUCAUCCUUGCUUCUUGCUUAUGAUAUCAAUGCUGUUGGUCCUAUUUUGGUUAUUAAGCAUAUGUGGCCUUUGCUGAAAGCUGGAGGUGGGUGUGGUACUGACAAGGAUUUUGCUGUUGUUGCUAAUUUAAGCGCAAGGGUGGGAUCGAUUGGAGACAAUAGUUUGGGAGGGUGGCAUUCCUAUCGUGCAUCUAAGACGGCCUUGAAUCAGUUAACAAAGAAUGUGGCGGUGGAAUUUGCGCGCAAGAAGGAUCCAAUUAUAUGCAUUUUGUUGCACCCAGGCACGGUGGACACUGAUCUCUCUAAACCAUUUCAAAGAAAUGUUCCAAAAGAAAAACUUUUCACCAAGGAGUACUCUGUUCAGAAGCUGCUCAGCAUCAUAAACAACACAAAGAGAUCUGAUAAUGGCAAGUUCUUUGCCUGGGAUGCUCAACAAAUUCCUUGGUGAUCUACUUGGUUUUAAUUGAUCCUUCCCGGAUCAUAUUCGAGCAGCAGCUUGUUUUCUUAGUUGGUCCUUACAGGAAUAUUAUCUUCUAAUUAAACUGUGAAAUAAGUAACAAAUUACAGUUUCACUUUUAUUUGUGCUUAAAAAAAGAUCGUACACUUGCUGCCUGGAAUGAAUUGAGUUUCUGCCAAGAAGUUCUCCCUGAGUUGACACGAAGACUGAAAUAAGUAACAAAUGACUGUUUAUUUCACUUCCAUAUCUGUAUUUUUUUUUUCUAUUUAAAUUCACAUGACAAGUCUUAUGUGGU